GAAGCCUAUAAAGCCUGCAGUGCCGGGGUGUCCCGGUGUCCGGCACAAUGACCGGCACGAUGACGGAGCGAUGAUGGGCAUUCUGGCAGGUCAGCCUCGUGCACCAGGCUUCCCGUCCCAGGACCACCGCUCUGGCACCCUUCGACGGGUGGAAGCAAGUCCAGAAUCCCCACCACCCGAGCGAGAGCUGCCGCUGCGCCUCCAGCCGGCCCUGAGCACGGUCGCUGAGGCUGGCUGACAAGCCCUCCGAGGGACGGGGAAAGGGUCUGCUCCAAACUCGCUGCGGUGCAGGUGCACAGGCGGCGCCACCCCGCGCGUGGAACACGGCGGCUGACACCAAGCCGACGGCAAGCCAGGGUGCCGCCCGCUGUGUGGACAUGGACCACCUUCUCUGAUUGCUCAGCUUUCUGCAAAACGGACCCACGCUGCUUGCAGUGGUGCCCGCGAUGACUUCUGCUCUUACAGGCAUCUGGCUCACUUCAAAGAGCGUCACCUUUCUUUCUAGAGAUGGAGCUUUCGUUUAAGUGGGAUUUCUGGUAGCCACGCAGCAAACCUUGAAAGGUGCACCUCUGGGGACACGGACGUGACUUCCCCAGCGCUGCUCCCUGGCAUGGAGACGCACCCAGGUGCCUCCAACAGCACCCCCCUGGAGCUCAACCUGUCCCAUGUGCUCAUUGGCACUGUCCUGGCUAACCAGACGGGCGAGCUCUCUGAGCACCAGCAGUAUGUGAUCGGGCUUUUCCUGUCCUGCCUGUACACCAUCUUCCUCUUCCCCAUUGGCUUUGUGGGGAACAUCCUGAUACUGGUGGUGAACAUCAGCUUCCGGGAGAAGAUGACGAUCCCGGACUUGUACUUCAUCAACCUGGCAGCGGCAGACCUCAUCCUGGUGGCUGACUCCCUGAUCGAGGUGUUCAACCUGGACGAGCAGUACUACGACAUUGCCGUGCUGUGCACCUUCAUGUCACUCUUCCUGCAGAUCAACAUGUACAGCAGCAUCUUCUUCCUCACGUGGAUGAGCUUUGACCGGUACAUUGCCCUGGCCAAGGCCAUGAGGUCCAGCCUGUUCCGCACCAAGCACCACGCCCGGCUCAGCUGCGGCCUCAUCUGGAUGGCGUCUGUCUCAGCCACGCUGGUGCCCUUCACCGCGGUGCACCUGCAGCACACGGAGGAGGUCUGCUUCUGCUUCGCAGACGUCAAAGAGAUCCAGUGGCUGGAAGUGACCUUGGGGUUCGUCAUCCCCUUCGCCAUCAUCGGCCUGUGCUACUCGCUCAUUGUCCGCGUGCUUGUCAAGGCUCACAAGCACCGAGGCCUGCGCCCCAGGCGGCAGAAAGCCCUGCGCAUGAUCUUCGCGGUGGUCCUUGUGUUCUUCAUCUGCUGGCUGCCGGAGAACGUCUUCAUCAGCGUCCACCUCCUGCAGCGCAGCCCACCAGGAGCCGCUCCCUGCACGCAGUCCUUCCGCCACGCCUACCCGCUAACGGGCCACAUUGUCAACCUGGCAGCUUUCUCCAACAGCUGCCUGAACCCCCUCAUCUACAGCUUUCUGGGGGAGACUUUUCGGGACAAACUGAGAAUGUACAUUGAGCAGAAAACCAACAUGUCAGCUCUGAACCGCUUCUGCCACGCUGCCCUGAAGGCGGUCCUUCCGGACAGCACGGAGCAGUCGGACGUAAGGUUCAGCAGCGCCGUGUAGAGGCGGCGGGGCUGUACCCACAGGGAUCCCACGCUGGGUCACCCCCAGGGCAAGGUGGGAGGAACAGCUGGGCCACACUGCGCUCUGAGCCCAGUCAGAACAGGAUGGCCCACCCGUGCCCCAGCUGUGGGCACACCUGGGUUCUGAAGAGCCCUCACUGCAAGCCACCUUGACCUUGGGCGGAGUACACAGCACUGGGGCUCCCCACCCACACUCACAGCUGCAGGGCAUGUGACUGGCAUGAGCUGGCGUAGGGAUGGGGACCAGCGUGAACUUGCAGUCCACUCUGCACACACUGUGUCCCACAGCAAACGACAUUUCUCAUGUUGGCCAGUGCAAGCAAAACAAAGGGGACAUUUUGGAGGAGAGACCUUAGUUUCAAGGUCUGUCUUCCAUAAAUCUGCCAUCCUCGGGAAAAAUGAAUGCUGCAGACAACACACUCAGCAGACCUGAACUGGAAACUGUGGACCAUCCGCCUCGUCUGUGGCUUACGGUUUACUGGGCAUACUAACAAGUGCCCUCGAGUCAGAGAGGAAGGGAGAAGUGCUUCUUCUUCUUCACACACACACACCCCUGAGGGUGGCCCUGCAGACAGCGGCCACAUGACCCGGAGCACUUCUGCAACCAGAAGCCCCGCUGCUGUCCGAGUUGCCGGCCCUCUGCUGUCUGUUCCUGGGCAUCUCUGCACCUACACCAUCAGGGAAGGAGACCAUGGGGUUACGAGCUGGGGAGCCAGCACACGUGGGAGAAAGUUGGCCUCUGAGGAACAACAGUGGGGACAACGAUGAUGGCAAUGUAAACAGUUCUCCUUAAAAUGUACAAAAGAAAAACUAGUGACUACUAGGAAUGUCCAGUCCUUCUCAAUAAAACAUAGCCACAUCCUGA